AGCGCCGCUGCCGGCCACGGCGACCCCGAUGUAGCCGAGGGGCCACGACGAGGAUUCAGAGAGAACCAGGGGGAGAGUAAACUGCAAAAUGGGAAAAACCCACCCAAACGCCCCCCACGGAAGCACAUUGUGGAUACCUACACAGAAUUUUACCACACGCCCACCCACAGCGAUGCCAGCAAGAAGCGACUGAUUGAAGACACUGAAGACUGGCACCCCCGCACGGGCACCACCCAGUCCCGCUCCUUCCGCAUCCUUGCCCAGAUCACCGGCACUGAUCACAUGAAAGAACCAGAACACGAAGCUGCAAAGAAGACUAAGGAAAAGGUUCCCAUCCACGUCUUUAGUCCCAAAUAUACAAAAUUACGUGACUGGCACCAUGAAGUCUCAGCACGUGCUCUUAAUGUCCAGUGA